GUUUUCUGAUAAGCCAAUUGUGGUUCAAGGUAAACAAGAUUGAUAAAUGCCGGUUUAUCGAACUGCGAGAUAAUAAGUUUAUUGAAUAGACCUUCACAUUUAUCUCAAUUGAGCUGUUUUAUAAUUUCUCUGUACAUUCGCGUUGCGUUCAUCGACCACAGAGAAGUGUUGUAUAACCAUUAUAUUGAGGUUAUAUCACGCAGAAUUUCUGAAUUUAAGUGAUAAAACUAUGGCUUACAUAGUGGAUUUGCGGUCGGAUACUGUGACUAAGCCUACGAAGGCUAUGAAGCAUGCGAUGGUCAAUUCUGCACUAGGUGACGAUGUGUAUGGAGAAGAUCCUACGGUGAAUGCGUUGGAAACUAAAUUAGCAGCUUUACUCGGCAAACAGGCGGCCUUGUUUGUGCCAUCUGGGACUAUGGCUAACCUUAUUGCAAUCAUGGUGCAUUGUAACAAGCGAGGCUCUGAAGCAAUCGUUGGAGAUUCUUGUCAUAUCUUUAAGUAUGAACAAGGUGGGGCAGCACACUUAGGAGGAGUCCUCUUGACCACCCUGGACAACAAACCCGACGGUACCUUCGAGCUGAGUGACCUCGAGAGACGUAUCCGAGGGUCUGAUAUACAUGAACCUGUCACCUCCAUGGUGGCUGUUGAGAAUACUCACAAUUACUGCGGCGGCAAGUCAUUACCCCUAAACUGGCUGGACGAGUUAUCAGCUCUGUGCAAGAAGCACUUGCUCCCUAUCCACAUGGACGGCGCGAGGCUGUUCAAUGCGUGUGCGCACGAGCAACAACCGCCCAGCAGGGUCGUCAGGGACUGCGCGUCAGUGUCCGUGUGCUUCAGCAAGGGAUUGUCUGCGCCGGUGGGGUCCGCGCUGGUUGGUGACUAUCACUUCAUACAGCAGGCUCGUCGUAUCCGCAAGAUGCUGGGUGGCGGUAUGAGGCAAGCGGGGGUGUUAGCUGCGGCCGCCAUCGUGGCUCUAGACGAGGUGGUACCACUGCUGGAACUUGACCAUAAACGGGCCUUCCGACUCGCUAAAGUGAUCGAGGGUCUGUUCCUGAAGCCGUUCUCAGUGGAUGUGGACAACCAGCACUCCAACAUAGUGCUGGUGAGGAUUGCUGCCAGCAGUCAGUUGACAGCUGACAAGGUGCUGCAGCGAUUGGCGCAGGUGUCGCUUAGUGAGACACAGGGUGACUGCAAGACAACAGACGAUGAGGGGGUGAUAGUGAAGGGAACAGCCUUUAACGAGAAGACGUUAAGGUUCACAUUGCAUAGAGAGAUUACCGACGAAGACUUAUGGUUGGCUAUUAUGAAGAUCACGUAUGUAUUCAAGGAGUUAGGACAGUAAUGACGUCAGAGCUCGUGUCACAUAGAAAUGGCGAAACGGUGUUUUUAGUUGAUGUUAGUGACAUAGUAACGAAAACUUUGAGGGAUGAUUCCGAGUUGAU